CCCCCGGAGACAAUUCCGAGCUGCCGCCUGCACUUCACUCAACGCCCUCUUCCGAAAUCAUACACCCAUCCCGAAAGUCGGGCGGGGCCGGAAUACCCGCUUUCCAACAACACACCUCGCUCACUUCGCACGAAGAACUGGAAACCACAAUGUAGGGAACGUUACGGUGACCGAACACGACCCUACAAUCCGGAGGCGAACCCGUUGAGCGUUUCGCGGAAGCAGCAAGCAAGUGGACGGAGAGUUUCCUCGUCAUCGGUGUGCGCGCAAACCCGUCAUACAGGCUGCCGGAAUUUGACUAUUUCUCCGAUGCGAACCAACUCGACUCUCGGUGUUGGCAUGUCACUUGCUUCCCGGGGCUCUCCUUCACGUCGGGCUGCCGCGGAUUGUGCCUACCUCAAUCUUGGGGCUGAAAAAGGACCUCGUAAAGAAAGCCCAGUCUACGUCAGGCGUCUCCGCAUCGCCGGAAUGGGUUACCAUCUCGAACGCCAGAGGAGCCGUGCUUUACGAGCGUCAUGUCCGGGGAGGCGGGUGGUUUGCUUUGGAGGCUGCCGGCGGCGAGGAUUGUGGGAUUGCGGUCGGCGAGGUCGAAUUCGAUCCAAGCAAAUCCUCGCAUUGACACAGGAAAUAGGAAAUAGUCGUCUUCUCGUACUAAUGACAGGAUCGUUGGGUUAUACGCGAGGCUCGUUCGUAUUGCACGCGCACGUUGUUGCGCACGCUUGGACCUGACGUUAGAUGGUUCGAAUAUGACAAUUGACUGGCAUCUCACGCCACAAGGUGCUCGCAACGCUCGUAAGCACGGGGGAUUCCACGCACUGAUCGACUAUACCGUCUCCCCGCGUUGACACUGCAGCCUCGAUUUAUCGGAUUUAUCAUUCCAUGUUUCGUCGGUUGGCGUUGGCACGGGGCAUCUGUAUCAAAAGUCUCCAACAUAGCUAGUCCAAGCCACCAUCGUCUCCCUCGUCGCCUGCAGACACCCUAUACAUCGAAUCCUCCGUUCCUGAUCCCGCAAUCAACUCGCCUACCCCUAUGCAUCACAAUGUUGAAAAGAAAAAAUAGAACUCGGUCACCCAAGGCGCUCGCCCGCUCCAGCUCCUCUCCUCUCUCCCCCACAACCCG